CCAAAAUUUGUUCAGAUAGAAUGUCAGCGGCGAUAACGAUCUAGUUUGUCUUAUUCCUUAAAGUAGAUCAAAUUGGUAAUUCUUACAUGUACUAGAACCGGUUGCUGGUCAUGGUCGUGUUGGUUCCAAGCGAGAUCUUAGUGGCACAUCUCUUGGCCCAUCCACCGACACCUUCUUGCAGCAGCACGAGCGGCGGCGGUAGCACAUGCAGUGGCGCUGUGUUUUGGAAUAGGUACCACGAAGGGUUCGGACACCACAAGAAGCUCUUUUCGAUAGAGUCCCGGAGGACUUUUUUCAUAGAUAGCGCUACGUCUCCGGUAAGGCGCUUUGCUCACCGGAUACGUUCACCGAGUAGGAACGCGCUGGGUCCGGCCGCGCUAGGAGGUCGGGCGUUGGAUUCAGGUGGAGGCGAAUGCUUCUCGAGUGUCCAGAAUACGAAAUGGGCCAGAUCGAAAAUAGCGAGUCCUCGUAGACCAGGUCGGGUCGGAGCAAAGACGGCCUUUGUUGAUGAAGGCCCCGGAAAUCUGGACGGCGCUAAGCAGAUGUCAGGCGAAUCAUCUGGAGCUGAGAAGAGCGACAGCAGAUCUCCUCCAGCACCACAAGAUGGUUCAGCAGCUGCUCCUCACGCCGGUUCUGCUCCAACUAAUGUUCCAGGAGACGCGACUUCACCACAUAAGGCGGAGGAGGCCGAUGAUGGAUCGAACACAGACCGUCCAAAAGCGAAGUUGCCACCUCCACCUCCGCUUCCUUCAGACAAGAAGCAUAAAGGCAAGAUAGGAGUCGUGUUAUCCAAGGAAGAAAAGGACAUUCUCAGCAUCCUCGGAGCACCGAAUUGCAGCUUGAAUUAUGACUGUUCGUUGUAGCAUCAACAUGAUUUUAAUAUUUCUGGUUCUUCUUUUACGUUUUAUGACAGAUAUCUUGGUUGUCGAUAAAAAUUCAUUAGGGACAUGAUGCGAUGUCGGUGAUAGACCGUAACCUUCGCGUAGCAAAGGUGUUUGUAGAGACUUAAGUAGAAUUCCAACCAAGGACAUCACAGAUCUUGAAAAGCGCUAAUACGCAGACCAAGACGAUGGGAGUGGGAUGACUGCGCCAAUUACGCGUCCUGUCGAGCAGGGAAUGAACGACAAGCAUCGCUACAUGAUAAUGGCCUAUACCGCACAAAAAGCGCACCUCCUACGAUUGCUCUACCAGUUCCAGAGUUACUUGCUGCAUCUAGUUAUGCAAUCAAAUGUUGCAAAUGUAGAUUCAGAUGCUAGCGGUCGUGUUGUAAUAGGUCCUAGUACGACCACUUCCUGCGUCGAGAAAUUUUUUGAUACGAGAUUGAAUUCUUCAUGUGAUGAUUGCCUCGACUAGAGAAAGACCUAAACGUAAACUAUGACUGCUCUUUGUUUGAAGAGAUAGAUUAUAUUUUUGGGUCGGCUCCUCGUCUGUAACGUAGAAGUUUGUAUUUUUGGUCUAAUCCCAAUACUUCUCCUGUUUCGGAUCCCGAAGAACGUAGCACAGCAGUGCACGGUGCCCAUGCGUUUGUUUUGCGGUAUGCGCGUGCGGUGGACCAACUGGGCGCUCUAGUUGAUGAGGAAUUUUUAGAGGUGGAACGAAAGGCGCGCAAGGUGAUGAAAGGCAUCAUUGCUUCUGAGCAAGAGAAAGAGAAACUGAAAACCACGUUGCAAGGAGCCGCAAACGACGCUUCUGCAGGGCCUGCCACGACAGGCAUUCGCGACCUGAUGGAGUACAAUCACAUGGUGAAGUGCUACGCGUUUGGAGCCGAAGGCAUAAGGGAUUACCCAUCGGACAUGGCAGAAGCAUCUGGAGAUGGGGCGGUGACGAAUUCGAGUACAACACUGACAGUUGAAGCACCUUCAGCAGAUGCAAAGACGUCUCCUGCAACUGAGACGACAUUACCGCCAUCUCGUGAAGAAUUCUGGCACCAUCAAGAUGCGCGAAAAAAUGCAGAGAAAAAAGACGGCGAGAAGGAGCUCGAUGUCGGGCAAAGGGUAUAACUUUUUCUUUGGAGACUGGUGCUUACUUCCUUGUAUCAAAGGGUGAUACUACUCGCCAAGGCUUGGCACAUCAUUACAUCUUUUAAUUAAGGUAAGUUCAUGAUUGGUAUUUUUCUACUUAUGCGUCUCUUGUGUUUGUUGAGAUCUGUUCUAUCUUUUCUUUAUCCUUCCGUACUGAAUACGAAAGCAGCUAGUCUGAGACAUCCAUAAUUUGACACAUCUUUAGUUUUAUAUUAUCAUCUUUAUAGUGUUUACUUUCUAGUCGAUUUGAUGCGUUUCUGUGUGGAUUGUGUGAUGCCAAGUUCCAAGCUUUUCUUUUAGUUUCCAGGGGCCUCAGAAGCGCAUGCCGCUCAUUGCGCAUGGAUCGUUACUACCAAUCCGCUGCUUGAAAUAGAUUUUUCCUUUGAUUGAAAACCAAAACAAGUCUGUUUCUCUUCUUUUUGUAUCAAUCUAGAUAUUGCGAUUUCGCAAAGAGUGGAUUGAAGGGCUUGGCAGUGACUGGGAAACGACGAAAGAGUAUGAAGACACCGUUGCCAGUACUGGAAAGGCCCCGGAAGGCCAUGUGGACGAAGGAAAAAAAGAAAAGCUGGAGACUCUCCUGUGGAACUGGCCUGAAAUGUUUAACCCGUGGAUGCCUCCUGUGAAUCACAAGUCCGCAGAGCAGCAGCAGUGCGCGCUAGGGCACCUUGCUCCUCGAAAUUUUUACGAUCCGGCGCACGAAUUCUACAACUAUGUUUCGAAUUUAGUGAAGUCGGUAGCCACACACGCAGAUGAGCAGGUGGUGAAGAACAAGGAACCAGAAGGAGGUAAAGGCGCGAGGAGCGGUAUGGCAUCUUCAGAUCUGGCUGGAGGGUGCCCGAAGGACUGUCUGCCUAACAUGUGGACGAAGAUCAUGAUGAGACGCCGGGCCCUAGGUCACGAAGAAAAGUAUGAAGGUACCUACUUUCCUGCAGGCUUUCGCGUUGCGCUAUUUUUAAAUGCUUUGGCGGGAAGUCAACUAAGCAGUGCACAAAAACGGCCGGCACUGCCUCCAUACUGUCGCGGGAGUGCGCUGCUUAGCGAUGUGCCCCUGCCUUUUUUCAGGUUCGCCUUUCUCUUGUUUUUGUUUUCUGUGUUUCCCCGCGCCUCUCCAGAAUCCACCCCACAGGGCGGCGGGCAUGUGUCGGGAGAUUCUGGAGGGGCGCGGGGGUUCUAGUCAUGCCCAAGGUAUUUUGCUGGCUUGUGGGAAGGCUUUCGCUGAGAGAGUAGAAUAGACGGCGGGGGUUUUUGAGAUUCUCACCAUGUACGGCAAGGUUGAAUAUUGUUCGAAUUUUGGUAGUGCUUGGCUGACUUUUCCUAGUUGCGUUUUGCUUGUGUGUUUGGUGGAGACAAAAUCUUCGUUCUUCAGAUAGCGUGCAUCUACGUACUGCGCUUUUCCUCCUUUGAGUUCAAAUCUGUUAUGCCUUAAAGGACAGUGAAAAAUGUCACAAAGAAUAAAUGUAUCAUUUUCCAAAAAGAAACGAUGAAACUGUUCUUUGAUUGUAUCGCAGAUGCUAAGCCGGACUACGUGAUUCACGAUUUGCAUGCUGUGCGGAAGAUCAAACUGAAUCAAGUGUGCAACGCUACGAAAGGCUUCCGCUCUGGUUGGGACGCUUUGUUUGACGAGGAUGGCAAUGUGCGAAAAGCUGCGGGGGACAGUGCUACAUGGAAACUGGCUGCCUGCACUCGUUGCCCCCUUUAUCAAGAUUCAGUCGAGCAAGCCAAAUUGCUAUCCCUGAGGUAUCCUUCAGCAAAAGGCGGCAAAGGUAAAGAAGAAAAGAACAUGGAGCGAUAUACCCAAUUGGAUUCCGAACUGCAACGAGCAGAGAAUCGAUUUGAGGACAAGGACGGAGGGAAGGGCUCCUCGAAAACGGUUUCGUUAAGGCACAGAUUAGUUAUUACAAAGUAAUUUUAUCUCAGAUGUAAUGGACUCAGGGUGAGCAUCGCUAUUCCCCAUCCAGCCAGGUGGGGCAUGGAGAUCCUCGCUUGCCACUACGACGUGAAAAAAGACAGUGAAAAAACAUUGAUAAGAACUAGAUGAGAUGGACAACCAAGACCAGUCCAGCGGGACCAGAGUUUUUUAGCUCUAAUGAUACACCAAGUGCAGUCGCUAGUCGAAGACGAUUUUUCCGAUGCAAGUGACAAAGCUUUACCGUACGAAUUCACGCGCGCUUUGGGAAUGUCGUGCGGUCGGCCGGACAUUGCGUACUCACUUUCGCCUGCUGGUUUUCCGUUGAUGACCCCAUCUGGAGGUGUCCUGCCGCUGGGGUCAAAGCUAAUUGAGGUCCCGACUGCGCACAUGACUCGCCCUCUGGAGUCCUUGCAUAAGUAUGGCAUAAUCUAGUGGAUGAAGGUGACACGAAAGAUAUUUUGUUCUUUGAAGAGGGAUGUGCAGGUUUUUUACCUCUAGAUGUAGAGUAGAUCCCAUAGCAGCACUGUUCUCUCCGCUUCUAAGCAUGUUUUCAUUUAUUUCGGAGAGGUGAGUACUCUCAAUAUUGAAAAAAGUCGAUCAUGUGGAAUCCUCUCCACCCGUCUAUGCGUGAGUCGUUUUGCUGAGGGAAUUGAUGCUCGAAUCAAAAUCCCUCAUUAUAUAUGCGAGUAAGUACUUAGUCAACAUGGCAUGAAUGGGUACUCCUUUCGCGACUUCCACUUCUAAUCCGUUGACAUUUGCCUCGUUUCGGCUGCGCCCAUGCGCAAUCGACCACGGUCUAUCGCGGCAGGAGACGAGGAGAAGCAUGUACGACCCGAAGAGCGUGCCUUUCGAGAUGUCUAUGACAAGUGGUUUACGCUUGAUGACAGAAUGAAGCGUGUUCUCGGCAUUCCUACGGACAAGGACUGGGAGAAUGCCGAGAAGCAAGCCGUCGAGGAAGUUCUCGCGCAGGACAAUCGCACUGAGAAAGGUAUCUUGCGGCCAGACCUCAGGAAAGUGCCACCGCCUGUGCCUCGUGAUGCUAAGGAGGUUCAAGAAGAGCUCGGUGAUGUCAAGUCUGCGCUGAAGGCCCUGCGUGGGGGCGACGGCAUUCCGGACUUCGAUGAGAAUCUGAAUUUUGUUGCGAAAUCUAUGGAGGAGAGUUUGAGCGACAUGGACGACUAUCUGAAACAGGUAACGAAACGAGCAGACUAUGCGUGGCAACCAUCUACUGGGGUGGAAGAAGAUGAUACUCAUGCAUUUGGAGGUUCAGGCGAUCCUGUCGAAGCAGUCAGGCGAAUAGGCGAUAGCAUGUCAGAGAAACUGGACAAGAUAGGACCGGCGUUGGAAGAAGCGCAUCGAAACAUUAUAGGUUGGGGAAACGCGACAAGGAGGAAGAUGAUGCGUAAGGUUGGCGACGAAUCAAAUCAUGGUGCGGUGAACUACUCAACGGCACGCCGCGCAGCGGACAAAGUUGCAAAAAGGCUUGUAACCAGGCCACUCUUAUCCGAUGUCGGAGACGUGGAGGAGACGGAGAUGGAUGGGAACACUCAAGCGAAGAAGACCCCCCCGCCGAGGAGCUUUGUGGAGCUUAGGGGAAGCGAAGAAGCAGGUGGCGAGGACACUUCUCCAACCUCAGCGCCAGGAAGCGAGGAACUAACAGGCGGAAACGCUGAGGGCGCGAAAAGCGCGGCUAGGGCUGGCACAACAGAUCAUGGGGUUGAUGACUCUGGUAAAUAUGGCGGCACUGAGAUAGCGCCAAACGAAGUUGGUUCUGUCGCGUACCCGGAUGCCGCGCUCGGCAGGAAAAGUCAAGGCGAUGCUGGUAGGGCAGCUGACGAAGAAUCAGGACCACAUCUCUCUGAAGAAACUCCGGGUCCGAGUAAGAAGUCGAUGUCAGAACUGCUUCUAGGGGCUCCUACCACGAUGCUCCGUGCCUUCUGUGGAAGCAAGGUCGGCGAACCCGAGAAGGACGCAAGGGAUCGGAGAUUUGCGGAUGCAUGUGCGCGAAGUGUUCCUGCCUAUACGUUAAAUUUUCUGUAAAUCUGUGCCACCGGCGAACAUUGAGUCGUGUGCUCCAAAAAUGACUUUUGCGUAUUCCGUUUCGUUAUUAUGAUUCCGAGGCGCAUGAGAUUCAAUGAUUUCUUUUGAUUCAUUCUGAGUUCUGCCUUCCGGAGCACAAGGAUAAUACUCAAUUUCCAAGAACUGACUCUUUUAUUUACAAGUGGAU